AUGGAAUCCAUUCUCAGGCUGUGCUUUGUCAUGAACCCUAAGGAAUACGCCAAAGCCAACAACCGGGGUGAUGAUGUUUUUCUUUGUGAAUAUGAAUAUGACAUCCAUUGGCACAGUUUCAAGCGUCUUGCAGAGUUUGACAAGGAAGAAGAGGAUGGUGUGGAAGAUGACAGUGAUGAAUAUUGGAUUUCUCGCAAUGAAGCAGACUCCGGAACUGAUGAAGACAUGGAUUAUGAAGAAGAGCGUGUGAAAAACCUGCAAUCAAGAUCAUCAAUAACUCAUGAAUGUGCUGCGAACGCACGUAGGGGCCAGUUCUUUGGACUGCAAAAGAUAGGGACAAAGAGAAUUCCAGCGCAUGUCAGAUGCCACAAGAAAACUGAUCUGGAAAGAGUCAAGGCAAUGCUUUUAUUGGCAACACUUCCUAAAAGCUUACUUUGCCGAAAUAAAGAAAUGGAGGAAAUAACAGCUUUUAUAAAGGGGGCAUUAUGUCAAGACCAAUGUCUUGGGCGUUGCCUAUACAUACAUGGUGUUCCUGGAACUGGCAAGACAAUGACAGUACUUUCAGUAAUGAGAAACCUGAGGUCUGAAGUUGAUGCUGGAAGGAUCAGACCAUAUUGUUUUGUGGAUAUUAAUGGUCUUAAGUUGGCAUCUCCGGAGAACAUAUACAAGGUUAUUUAUGAAGCAUUGACUGGACAUAGAGUUAGCUGGAAGAAGGCUCUCCAGCUGCUUAAUGAGCGAUUUUCAGAUGGAAAGUAUAUUGGCAGAGAUGACGACCGACCUUGUGUCCUACUAAUUGAUGAACUCGACCUUCUUCUAACCAGAAAUCAAUCGGUUCUCUACAACAUUCUUGAUUGGCCUACAAAGCCACAUUCCAAGUUGAUUGUGAUCGGCAUAGCAAAUAUCAUGGAUCUGCCAGAGAAGUUACUUCCCCGUAUCUCUAGUCGCAUGGGUAUUCAGAGACUUUGCUUUGGUCCAUACAAUUAUCAGCAGCUUCAGGAAAUCAUUUUAACGCGACUCAGAGGAAUUGAUGCAUUUGAAAAGCAAGCUAUAGAAUUUGCUUCUCGAAAGGUAGCAGCCAUUUCAGGGGUUGCACGGCGUGCACUAGAGAUAUGCAGACGUGCAGCAGAAAUUGCUGAUUACCGUAUAACGAAAGCUCUCAAAACUGCUCCUGCAGCUGGGAAAGCUCUUGUUGGGAUGUCAGAGGUUGAAGCAGCCAUCAAGGAAAUGUUUCAGGCACCUCACAUCCAGAUAGGAAGCCUGAUAAAGUCUGUGAACUAUGCAUUGGACGGCUUGAAACGAUGGAUGUCGGGCAAUAAGGCUAAACUGCCAAGAAUCGCAUUACUCACUACUGCGAAGAUUCUUCCCGAGCCUCUUGGUCUAGUGCUGGUAAUCUCAUCCUGGAACUUUCCAAUCGGACUAUCCUUGGAACCGCUGAUAGGAGCGCUAGCUGCAGGCAAUGCCGUGGUUUUGAAACCUUCAGAGUUGGCUCCAGAAUGCUCUUCUCUUCUAGCCAAUGCUAUUCCUCAUUAUUUAGACGACAAAGCUGUGAAAGUCAUUCAAGGUGGUCCUGGCAUCGGAGAACGACUUCUGCAUCAAAAAUGGGACAAAAUAUUCUUCACAGGGAGUACCCGGAUAGGACGGAAAGUCAUAGCGGCAGCAGCGGAGCAUCUAACGCCCGUUACUCUGGAGCUUGGUGGAAAAUGCCCUGCCGUGAUAGACACUCUCUCCAGCUCUUUCGACAGAAAGGUGGCUGUGCAACGAGUUCUUGGGGCGAAAUUUAGUUUCUCCGCGGGACAAGUAUGCAUUGGAGUGGACUAUGUCCUAGUGGAGAAGAAAUUCAGUUCCGCUUUGGUCGAAUUGAUGAAGGUGGUGAUGAAGAAGAUGUUUGGAGAAAAUCCAAGGGAGUCGCGAAGUGUUGCGAGAAUUGUGAAUAAGCAUCAUUUCUUAAGAUUGCGGAGCCUUUUACUCGAUCCUCUGGUCGAAUCUUCUAUUGUCUACGGGGGAUCAAUGGAUGAAGAGAGCCUGUUCAUUGAGCCGACGAUCUUGAUGGAUCCUCCACUUCAAGCGGCAAUCAUGAUGGAUGAAAUCUUCGGCCCAUUACUUCCCAUUGUAACCCUGAACAAGAUAGAAGACAGCAUCGAAUUCAUAAACUCAAGGCCUAAGCCGUUAGCCAUCUAUGUCUUCACUAAAGACGAGCCGCUGAGGAGGAGCAUGGUAUCGAAGACAUCGUCUGGGAGCAUCGUAUUCAACGAUGCAAUCGUUCAGUAUCUAGCCGAUACUCUCCCAUUCGGUGGAAUUGGUGAGAGCGGGAUGGGCAGAUAUCACGGGAAGUUCUCCUUCGACACCUUCAGCCACCAAAAAGCAGUGGUGAGAAGAAGCUUCCUCGUCGACUUCUGGUUCAGAUUCCCGCCUUGGAACGAUCACAAGCUGCAGCUCUUCCGGUCGUCAUAUCACUAUGACUACCUCGGGAUCGUUUUGACCGUGCUGGGCCUGAAGAGGACGAACAGAGCCAGGCAUCUAGACGUCUAACCGAGCAUGCCUGCCAUGUCCUAUGAAGCGUCCUCGUUAAUCUCUAAAGAAGAUAAUUCCAUAAAUGGCAUCAACUGGCUGCGUUUGCAAAGCUUCCGGCGUCCGUCACUCCCGUAUCUUUCACUGAAUAUGUAUGGUGCGACCUUCUACCACUUGAGAACUAUGAAGAGAUUGCUUUAUACAUGCACGAGGAAGAGGGUUGCUUUAUCAUAGAUUCGACCUUUCUUUAGAAGAUCAUUUCACGUACCAAACUCCUGCCGUCUCAAAGAUCACGAACCAGAUCCUCUAGUUCUGAGUUCAUGUACUAUUACACAUUGCG